CGCUUUUCCGUUACUUCUCGCCUUUCUGGAGCCAUGCUGCUUAUGUCACAACAGCGGCAGCUGCAGCACCAGUCGAUCCCUCAGUCGGUCCGGCGGAGCUGGGCGAGUAGGAGAGUGAUGACGGCGACCGUCGUUCCGAUUCUCUUACAGUCCAUCUGAUUAAGAAAAAUAGGUCUCCCGCCGAAGAAGCCAGCCCUGCGAUGGAAGGACGUGCUUUUCCCGACCAAGAGCAGCUAUUGCAGUUUCUGAGGAGGCUCAAAGAGGUCUUCGACGUGUGUGACGAGGAUGCCGAUGGCUUCAUCCGGGUGGAGCACUUGGUGGACCUCGGUCUUCAGUUCGGUCAAGGAGACGAGGUGAAGGCGUUGACCAGUUACUUGGAUCCUAACGCUCAUGGGAAAAUCAACUUCAAAGACUUUUGCCAUGGAGUGUUUGCCAUCAAGGGUUGUGAGGAGAUACUGAAGAUGGCUGUGGGUCCUCGCACUGCUACCUCCAACCAGCCGUCUGUUACUGACAAUGGUUACAUUUACCAGAAUGGUGAGGCCAGAUUGGGUACUCCAAUUAUCAUGUGUACCCGGUCAUACCCAGAAUGCAAUGUGUACAGUGAGGGUUGUGGUGCUGAUGGGGAGUGUGACAUGGACAGCAGCACUGAAAACACCAACAGCUCUGACUGUUUGGACCCAACACAGAAAGACAGCGGCCGCAUUGUCUCAGCAUCUGCAUCUGUCAUCUCCGGGGAGGAGCAGUUUGAGGACUAUGGUGAGGGGGAGGAUGUGGAGUUCAUUCCCAGCAGCCCUUGCCCUGAAGAUGACAACCGAACAAGUGGUUUCUCAGACCUGGGAUCCUCGCUUCCCUCUAGUGCAGGGCAGACUCCUCAGAAGAUGCGGCAGCUGUAUAACAGUGAGCUGCUAGACAUCUACUGUUCUCAGUGCUGCAAGAAAGUGAAUCUACUCAAUGACCUGGAAGCUCGACUUCGAAACCUCAAGGCCAACAGCCCUAAUAGAAAGAUUUCCAGCACAGCCUUUGGACGUCAGCUGUUCCAGGCCAACCACAGUGUGUUUGGGUCCAGUCAGGGCAGCAGCACAGAGGAUCUGUUCACAGACAGCAUCGACUCCUGUGACCUUGACAUCACAGAGAAAGUCAGUUAUCUGGAGAAGAAGGUGACAGAGUUGGAAAGCGACAGUCUGGCCAACGGUGACCUCAAGUCUAAACUCAAACAGGAAAACACACAACUAGUCCACAGGGUCCAUGAGCUGGAGGAGCAGGUGAAAGAUGCAGAGGCGAGGGCAGAUCAGAGUCUGGAAGAGGAGACCAAGAGGCACCGAGAGGUAUACAGCAAGAUGGAGAGAGACAGAAACAUAGAGAUGGACCAGCUCUGUAACAGGGUACAGCAGUUAGAAGAAGAAAAUGGAGAGAUGAAGUUAAAUGUGUGCCGACUCAAGUCUCAGACAGAGAAACUGGACCAGGAGAAGCAGAGGAUGACAGACAAGCUGGAGGACACUAGUCUGAGGCUGAAAGAUGAGAUGGACCUCUACAGGAAGAUAAUGGACAAGCUCUGGCACAACCGCCAUGAGUUCCAGAAGGAGAAAGAGGCCAUGCAGGAGCUGAUUGAUGAUCUGCGCCGGGAGCUGGAGUAUCUGCAGUUGUUUAAGCUGGAGAUGGAGCAUCCCGGGAAGGGCAAGGGGCUAUCUGAGUAUAAUGCCAAGACAAGGGAGAUUGAAAUGGAACAUGAAGUCAGGAGACUGAAACAGGAGAACCAUAAGCUGCGGGAUCAGAACGACGACCUGAACGCUCAGAUCCUCAGUCUGAGUCUGUAUGAGGCCAAGAACCUGUUUGCCUGUCAUACCAAGGCUCAGUGCCUGGCUGCCGAGAUUGACAACGCAUCCAGAGACGAGCUGGUAGAUGCUUUGAAGGAGCAGGAGGAGAUCAACCUGCGUCUGAGGCAGUACAUGGACAAAAUCAUUCUGGCCAUUCUCGACCAUAACCCCUCUAUUCUGGAGAUCAAGAGUUAAACACCCCCCCCGACACACGCACACAGACAGACACGCACACACACACAAAUGUACUGUAUAUCUACAUAACCACAGCAGUUGUUCUUCCUGUCCACUAACACUACUGUAUUUAUGAGGAAAUCUGUCAGUCACUGCAAAACUACAUGUGCCACCAAAGUUGUAUCAUUGCAUAUUUGAAGCCACUGACAUUUGGGGACUGGAAAAAAUUUUGGGAAUAAAUAAACAAGCAUAUUAAUUUCACUUAAUUUCUUGUAGACACACUACUAAUUGUUUGAUAUACAGCUCUACAAUUAUUGAUUAUAACUUAUAGUCACUGAGGAUCCAGACUGAAACAGAAGCCAGAUAUAAGGAGUGUAGGAGUGGCACAAAAGACCAUACUUGUGUUUUGCAUGUUUACUACAAACCAUUUGCCAAAGCAGUCUGUAAUGUGUAGCAUUUUGAAUGUCAUGUUGCCAUCUUCCAGGCAGCCAUUUGUUGCUUUGAGAUUUGAAAUCCGCUCAAUUAUGGUAUUCAUGUGAACACUGUUUGUUUUCUAAUUAUCGAAAUCAUGAUUUUGUAUGGCAAUGCUGACCAGAUUUUUCAAACCAAUCUACUGUUAUAAAUGAAAGACAACUUGCAUAUUGGAUCAUUCAGUGCCAACUCAUCCAGAAUUCAGAACGUUUCCCAGUUCAUGUCAUGCAGUUUCUGUAUGUAAUAUGACAUCCAGUGACAAGUAUGAACAAUUAGCUAUUUUCAAAAAAUUAUGUACUGAAAGGUUAAUAUAAUAACUUAACAAUUUUUUAUAUAUCUGCAAUGAAUAUUAGCACUUUCCCAUAAAAAAAUUUUCAAGGAAAUUGAAAUAAUUCUUCUUGGGAAAAUAUACAGUCAGAAUAUCUUAAGAAGUGGGUUUUUCAGCUUCAAAGCUAUAUUUAGCAAAAUCUGUGGCACUCACACACAUGAAGGACCAAAUAACUUCUAGAUGUGAUACAACUUCAGUGAUUCUACACAGAAUGAAAAUUUGGUUGCAAGAAAGUGAAAUCUAGUGGAGAUAUUUUUGUUUGGGUAAAAAACAUUUUUAAUAAUUUGAUUACUGUAAAACAUUCAGCGACAACUAUUACAUGAAUAAAUGUUGCAAAUUAUCCUGAGGCUUUCUUGGACGUUUUAGCACAAAUUUCAAGUCCAGUGAAAAAUAAGCAAUUGGUGAGGCUGAGAGUAAACAUACAGAGAAUCGCAGAAAUGUUGAAAUUUAGCUCCGAAGGCCAAACUUCAUAAAAUCAUAAAUAAAAAGUAUUUGGAGUAGAGCUAUAGGAUUUGGCAAGGUCCCAUGAAUUUAAUAGAAAUUUUCACACAAAUUGAGCCAUUAAGAGUGAGCGGAUCGGGGAGUGUCACCAUCCGGAUGUUGUGUACUCGUACAGUAACCUUCGUACAAGCCCAGAGCACAGUAAUAAUAAUAUGGAAAGGCAUCUCCAUAGCAGUGGAAGGUCAGAGAAUGUAUAGAAAUGACUACAUUUCUGAAAAUCACAGGUUUCAGUCUCCCCUCCACCUGUGUACUAAUAACAACAACGUUAGCUUGUAAAAAAUCGGUUUAAUCUGUUAUGUCUUUGGUCUGCUGCGUUUUAAAAUAGGUAGAGAUUUGAAAAUCCUGUAGCGUGCACAAGGAAUUCGUUUAGCAUAAAGACCCAGCGGGGUGUUUAGCCUGGCUCUGACCAAAGUUCAAAAAUACACCUCUAAAGCUCAGUACUUAGCGUGUAUCUUGUUGUUUUAAUCUGUACACACAAAAACACGUAAGCUUACAAUUUGUUGAUUUAGGGGAGUUAUAUUUUGGAACUAUCUCUUGAUGAGCAACAGUUUAUCCCUCCGUCCAGUGCUUCUGAGCAGCGUCUCCGGCCAUAGCACAGAAGAUGUUGAGUUAUUUUGUUGAAAAAUCUGAAACAGUAGAUUUGUGAAGUGGUCAAAAGUCAUGUCAAGUAUUUGUGAAUAUCUAGUAAAUGGAUACAACCCACAUGAACACUGACAUGGGCCAAUAGCCAAUAAUAUGUGCCAGAUCUUAACCUUUCAGUUUCAACAACAGGAGCUGGAGAAAUGGAAACAAUGACUACAAAAGUUCUGUUGUGUUCAUUCUGUUUUUCAGACAAUUCUGUUUCUUUCUGCAUGUAACUUGUUUCUUUGUUUAGUGGCCACUCACAAAUCACCUUAAAUGUACUCUGUGGAGUUUUUGACCACUGGUAACGCUGUGGAGCAAUGCUUUUACGAGUGAGUCCCCGUACAUGCACACGGUCACUUGGCCGGUGCAGUUCAGAUCCUGCCGAUGGUUUCACGCUGUUGCACUGAGAGUUGGUGGCAGUCGUGCCAACAAACACAGGGAACAAAGCCAGUGAAGAAGAGGCCUUCUAGCAAGCAAACACGGAUGUAAACAACGUAGGAUUUAAUGUAUCAAAAAUCAGCUUUGCAAAUAUUUUAUGGCCAAGGAAAUGCAUUCAACGUGUUUGUUAAACCUCAGAGAUACACACAGUGUGUUUCGGUGACAAACACAGUGUAAAUAUAACUAUUGUGCUGAAAAUCUCUACAGGGUGUCAAGUCAUUCACUGUUUCGUAGCCUAUUAAAAACACUGAAAUGCAAGAAAUCAGAUUUUACUGAUAUGUUAGAAUAAUUUCCAAAUAGUUUUUAGAAAAAAUAGAAAUAUGUAUUAAACUUUGCAAUGUUCUUUAGAAAAAAAAACACCUACUUACUGAAAGUAACCCACUGACUUAAAACGGGGAAACUCAGUUCAUUCUUCUCCGUCAUCGUGAACUGGCCUGAACCUGAGCUAACAACGUUACUCCACCAGUGUUGUAAAUUAAUCUCACGUCUACUGAGUUAACCUAAAUAUUUAACUCCACGUGUGUCACAGUGAGGAGAGCAGUAUUGAGCUGCUAUAGUGAGCACUAUAUGAUGUAACAAAUGAAAAUAGUUUUGCUCCUUCGUGCAAACUGUUCACCUGGUCAUUUUUUCAUUGU